AUGCCACCGACGGCGGAAGGCUCUGCACCCUGGGUGUUUGGGAGUAGAAGUGGCCGAGCUGCGAGCGCCCGCCCUGGCACGCCUGUGCCGCCUCCUCGCUCUGAAAAACGUAAUCCAUUUUCGGCUCCUGAGGAUGAAAACAACUCCGAGCGCCGUUCCAGCAGCGACGGCACCAUCCCCCGUUCGAUGGUCGAAUAUCAUUCGGAAAGACGGCUGCAUAGCCCAGGCUCGCACGGCCCCGACCUCGCUCAUGAGGCGACAUCGCCGGAACUCGGCGGGGAUAGGGCCACAUCUGACUGGGAAACUGUAGUGGCGAGUGAUGAGAGUGGACGCCACGCUUACCCGCUUCAAGGACGGCACGAAACGAAUGCCUUCGAAGUCCAAGGCCUAACCGGGCACAGCUAUCGCCUUGAAAACCAGCCUCAGCGACCGAAUACCAUACUCGGUCCAGCCAGUCUCGCGCCUGCUAGCGAGCCGCAGCAGGGCCCGGGUGCGACUCAAACCAAUGAGCCCACUGACAUCAGAUACUCCAGCUUCGUCAACGAAAGGCGCGACAAAGCGGCGAAUGUCAAUGUUGUCGAUGAUUUUUCUGGCAAUGAGCCCCACGAAGCCUUCAGUCGAAAGCGCGGGAACACUCCGGUCGUUGACAACCAAGGACCUGGCGGACUUGCCGCGAGCAACUCGAUGACGUCGAGCAGCUUGACUGUGGAUCGUUUCAAGUUCGAUGACGGCCACUACGCUGUAUUCUUGCGCCCCGGUGCCGAGAGAGAGGCGAGGGCCGAGCUCGACGACGACGAUCAGCCCUCCGUCCAGAAUCCACAGUUUUACGAUCCUUCCGCCAUUCAGUCGACUUAG